AUGUUCUAUUAUUGUAGUUAUAACUUUAAGUUUAAAUUUGAUAAAGAUUGUGAAUUAUUGAAUAAACAGCAUGCAACUUGUAAAGGUGUAAAAGCCCUUUGCAGUAAGUUCGGAAGUUCUUUAGAAAAUGCAGCUGAUGAAAGACAUAAAGUAAAGUGUAAAAAUUAUUGCAGCUAUUUACGUUAUUGGUUAUAUGAUAAAAUAGGAAAAAUCAAUAAAGUAGAUCGCACGAAUAAAUUAAGUGCUAUAACAUUUGCUAAAGAUCUUUUUACUGCAACAUUACCAUUUGAAAAUAAUAUUUCUUUAGAUGACUUGAUAAAGCGAAAAAUAUUAUAUAUUUAUUUUAACAAAUAUACUAACAUUAAGAGUAGCAUUAACCCUCAGAAUAAGGAUGAAUGUAGUAACUAUUUUACUUAUCUUAUUUAUACGAAAUCAUUAUAUGACAAAUAUAAUAGAGUUCAUUGUCCAUUUAUUUGGUCUUUCUGUUAUGAACAUGAUUUCUUUCGUUGCGCAAGAGUGCAUGACCCAAAGGAUCUCUUAUCGAAUGUACAACAAUGCAAACCUAAAGAAACUGUGAGUAGUAGCACUUCAUUAUGGGAAGUGCUUUUUGAGAGUUCACCAUCUCCCACACCUGCAAAAGGAAGGGACACUGGAGCGCAAGCGCCAGGAAAAGUUGUAGCUGCAAGAGAACUUGCAUAUGUAGGGUCCAUAAAAGGUAAAGAUGUAAAACCAAGUCCUACAACGAAUAAAGGUUUAGCUGCAGUAGAACCUCCCCCAAGAGGAGCACAAAUAAGUAAACUUAAAAGGGUUGAAGCAGGAGAGAUAUCCCAUAAUUCGCAAUCAAAUCAUAUGCCACUGAGUGGCAGAGACGGCAGGCACAGUGCAAACUACAACCGGACAUGUGGUAUUACCUGA